AUGACGGGUAACACGCCGCCACCUUCUGGUGUAAACAAUAACGACCUCGACAAGUCGGUUGCGAACAACAUUGAUCCGGAACUCGAUGGGCUCCUCCAUGUUCCACAACAAAAGAGAACCAGACGUACUGCCAAUCACCCAGCAGGUGUGGAGCAAAUGACGACAAGCCCAAACAAGAUGGAGGAAGCCGCCCGCCGACCUUCAGCCAUGAUUAACAAAGAUCCCAAUAGAGCCGAUGACCCUGUUCACUAUCUCGGUCCAGGCAUCACCUCGAAAGUCUCUCCUUUGAAGAGAAAGCACCAGGCAGUCGACCCCGCUGGACGUGGAGAAAGUUCGACAUCCAUGCCAAACAAUAGGCCCGAAGCUGCAGUAAACAACUUUGUCGAGUUGUUACGAUCGCUGAACUCCGCUAUCGAGCUCAACUCGCAACAAGGACGCAGUACACACUUGAUCUCCCCCAACAUCCGGCCGCUUCAGCAAGCAACUCCACAGCCGCAGCAGCCACGUAUUCAGGCCCAGCCUGCCAGCUCACCGCAACCGAAGGGUAGGUAUCCUGAGAACAAGCUGUUCCCUUCAAGCGAGCAGGCGCUGCCACCCAAUUUGACUUUGCAAGAGAUAUGUAGGGGCUACCCCAACCACCUCAGUCACGGCCCAAUUUUGAGGCGCUUCCUCAAUGUUGGGUGGACUGGCAGAAUGAUUUGGGACCAUUUGCAAGAGAGUGCCAGAGUCAGCCGAUCUGCCACGAGGGGUUGGAACAAGUACGAGCAGAGAUUGAAGCGAGAGAAGCGCCAGAUGGACGAAGAGGAGGAACAAGAAGGGUUCGAUCCUACCGAACAAGGCGGCCAAGACAGCAGCAUUCCUCAGGUAUCAAGAGACGGUGCAGGUUCUGCUCUCGUACACACGAGCCCUAGUAACAUACAACGGGAGACCAGAGCUCGACUAGCGACCUUCACCCCGGCGGUAUUCUCACAUGGAGGCAGUGGCGAAGAUCAGGCUUCUCUUUCGGUGCAGAGUCGUCUUGCGACUGUUCAAAGCCAGAUCAGAGCAGAGGUAAAAUCGCAUGGAAGCAUUUUCUUAACAUUGAUGUCAUAUGAAGACCCUCAAUGGCCCUCGCUUUCCAGACAAGAGAGAGUUCGUCGUGCUGAAGCAGAAUGGCUACGUCGGGCAAUGAGACUCGAGAGGGCCUUCGUGUUGGAUAAUGACAUUGAUGACGGGGAUCUCGAGAUUCCACGGACCUCAACUCUUGAUAUGAUGAGACGAUUGUAUCUUCUAGUAAAGCGAGCAUCUCAACCAAUGUCCACUGCAGCAGCGACCACAGAGCCUGAGCAGACGGCCCUGUUCGACGAGAGUAGUCGAUUGGCGACCUAUCAACAGCAACUCGAAAUACUUCAAGGUUGGACGGUCCAGUGGCAAGAGGAGAUACAGGCGCGAGCCCAAGGUGCCACCGGAGCAGCUGACGCACAGAUGUCAAGGUCUCGACUGCCACCCACAAAUCGCUAUCUUGAUGACCAACCGGGACGUAGUAAUUCUGGUUCAACGAUUGCGGCUCGUCAUGCACCAAGCCUGUAUCCAGUGACCAGCGAGUUGAGCCAGCAAGGUCGAAGCCAACUGGGUUUCCCAGGCUUUGGCACGCCCCUUGGAUAUACCAACAGCGGGUAUGGUACUUCUCCCAAUCCACAGGGCUAUUAUCAACAACCAUGGGAAAGCGGAAAUGGUCAGUCGCAUGCUGAUCCGUAUCUUGCUCGGCCGCCGCCUGGCCUGCUAGGCGCAGCAAAUUUGGAAGCAAAUGCUGGGUCAGCUGAUCGAAGUGGUCUUCAGGAGCACCAAGGUACAAGUGCAUAUCCACCAAUCGAAGAGCUGGUACCGUCAGUCCCCGAAUCUACAAGCGAGUUUUCACAUGAACACUCGGUUGGUCCAACAGCGAUGUGGAACAUGGAUGACCUAUUGAAGAUGGACGAAGACCUCCAUGAAACCUGA